UCAUCUUUAGCGUAUAUUGUUAUCAUUCGUUAAAAUAUAAUAUAUAUAAGUGCCUUAAAAUUAAAUUACUAGCCUAAAACACCUAGGGCUACUUCAGUAAAUAUAUUGUAGUAACCUCAGUUUAAGUUAAACUAUUUAAGUUCAAUAUUGCUGUAAAGUUUGUUACUUGUUGGCCUUCACUAUGUCUUCGCCAAUAUCUAUAUCUGACGAUGAUGAUAGUUUCGAUGUAGCACCUUCCCUUGUAGAGGUUCCUAAUAUAAGUAACACGAUUGUUUUGUCCGAGGAUGAGGACACAGUACCUACACAAUCCGACGUAAAAAUGACCAGGCGGAGUAUAAUAAAGAAUCUUUUUCCUACAACUUCAAAAAUGAAAGGAGAUUUUACUCAAAUUGAAGCAAAGACAUUGCAAAAUAAACCACAACAUGAUAUUACUAUGGAAGGUGUAAAAGUUACCCUACCCGUGGAACCAUAUAGCUGUCAAAAAGCUGUAAUGUCCAAAGUUAUAUGUGCUCUCAAUAGGAAAGAAAAUUGUAUGGUGGAAAGUCCCACGGGCACUGGCAAAACUCUAGCACUUCUCUGUGCAACAUUAGCGUGGCAGAAGAAGUUCCAGGAUCAGAUCUCUGAAAGUCAGGCGAAGGAAAUAAUCGGUAAGCAUCCGGAAGUGGUCGGCGCAGUCGACUACAUCACGAGUCCGCUCAAGAAAGAAGUGCCAUUCCCUGAAAAUUUUUUCUCGAGGAAAAGUUUCGGAGAGAAGAGUAUUUACGAUGUGCAGACGGAUGAACAGUCAGCAAAUCAAUCCAAAGUCGAAAAACGUGGCAACAACUGCGCAAAUGAGCCUCGCGAAGAUGGCUUCGUAACGAUACACAAGAAGUUACGAAAGAACUCCUCUGACUCACUCAAACCUAACUCAAAUGUUGAACUUAGUCCUGGAUUAGUUACUCCCACGAAACAACCUUUACAGCAAGAUGAAAAUACACCGGAAAAAGUUAGAGAAUUAUACAACUUGGUCGAGAGCCUUCGCUGUAGGACGUCCAUAUUUGUUAAUUGCAGCCUACCCGUCAUUUACUAUGGGGCGCGAACACAUAAACAGCUGCAGCAAGUCGUCAAGGAGUUCAAGAGAACUGUGUACUGCGGGAACGCGUCUAUGACGAUACUAUCCAGCAGGGAGAACACCUGUUUACGGGAGUACGAUAAUAAACAAUGGCCUUCGAAGAACGAUAUGUGUAGGGGCUGCACCAAGACAUUUCAAGCGGACAAGUCCUCCAACCAGGGUAGCAAUUGCCAGUUCUUCGACAACCGUAAAGCACUGAAUCACAAGACACUUCCGCCUGCUUUCGAUCUGACAGAUCUAAUCGAAGCCGGGGAAAGAUUAAAGGCAUGUCCGUUUUACGCUGCCAGAGACAUGGCAUCUGGUGCCAACAUAGUCCUGUGCCCUUACAACUAUCUAGUCGAUCCUGGCAUUCGGAACAGUAUGCAAAUUAAUUUACAAGAUAAUAUUGUGAUCAUUGACGAGGGACACAACAUCGAGGAUAUUUGUCGCGAGACAGCAUCUUUCGACUUCAAACUGCAUCACCUCCGAAGCGCAAUCAAGGAAAUGGCAGCUGUAGCGGCACUGCGCUGCGGCAGCCGGCACAUGAUAUCGCACAUCGACUUUUUGCUGAACGUUCUGAAGAAAUGGGAACAAUGGUUUGAAAACCAAAUCCCUCUGAUAAAAAAUGUAGUAAUAAACAAUAAGGAAGCCAUUAAACUCUUUGAGAUGGAAGCGUUUGUGAACACUCUGAACGAAUACAACAUUGGAAUGGAUCGGUACAACGGCUUUAGUAAAAACGUCUUGGUGUUUUGUAAGAAGUUGCGUGAGGAUCCUCGGUCGUUACUGGGAGUGACGCAAAGUACUGGCUCGCUGCUGGAGUCACUUGAAACUGUGAUGGGUUACCUAUUCCGUGACUCGUGCAGAAAUAUGAAACACUUUAUACCGGCGUUCGUUCGGAAAGUAGAAUUCGCGAACGAGAACAGGUCAUGGCGGAAUUCACAAUUUGAAAAGUCAGUGAAGAACGAACAAUAUAUUCUUCGCCUCAUAUGCUUGAAUCCGGCUUUGAUCUUCGCGGGACUGCACUCAGCGAGGACCGUCAUCCUGGCCUCGGGAACUCUUACACCGAUGGACGCCUUGAAGGCAGAGCUCAACACUAGCUUCCCCCACACGAUCAGCCCCAAGCACGCGAUUUCCACUGAUAGGGUGUGGGUGGGGGCGCUGGGCGCGGCGGCCUGCACGCACGCGGCGCUGCGCGCGGCGCACGCGCAGGACGCGCUGGGCCGCGCCGUGCGCGCCGCGUGCGCCGCCACGCCGCACGGCGUGCUCUGCUUCGUGCCCUCCUACGACCUCAUUCGAGUGCUGCGCGCGAGAUGGCGGGACACCGGCCUGUGGGGCGAACUCGAAGAAUUAAAAGACGUAUUCAUCGAAAGUACCGAUGCAAAGAAACACGAAACCAUGAUGCAGGAGUACGUCGAGAGCGCGGAGAGCCGCGGCGCGCUGCUGCUCAGCGUGUACCGCGGGAAGGUGGCGGAGGGCAUGGACUUCCGGGACCGGCAGGCGCGGGCCGUCAUCGCGAUCGGUAUCCCGUAUUCUAACACGAAAAGUAUAGAUGUGAUGGAGAAAAAAAAAUACAAUGACAAGUAUUCAAGAGGCAGCAACGGCUCGCUGCUCGGAGGCGGCGAGUGGUACCGCGUGCACGCCUACAGGGCACUAAACCAAGCCUUAGGGCGCUGCGUGCGGCACAAAGACGACUGGGGCGCCCUACUGCUGAUAGAUUCUCGCUUUGGAAAUCCACAUUACAGGGAACAUCUGUCCUCUUGGGUGAAAAGCUUAUUCAAAACUAACGACCAUUCAUUCGAGAUUCUUGAAGAUUUAAAAUCGUUUAUGGAUAAAAUGAAUCGAGACGACACAAAAACUACUUAAAAAGAAUGUUUAAAUAUGUAUCACGGGCAUUUUAUUAU